AUGCCCGGAGUUAUGAAACUGCAGAGGCCCAGGCGCGCCAGCACGGCCACAGGCAGCGGAGCCAACACGCAGAGCCGCUCAAAGGAGCGGCAAACCCCGCCUGCAGGGAAGUCAACAUUUGUCAAGCUCCUAGAGCAACACAGCCAAGAGUGGGAGAUCAUCCCUGAACCCAUCGCCAAGUGGUGCAACAUCCAGGCAGCUGAGGAUGAAUACGAGGAACUUUCAACAUCUCAGAAGAGUGGAGGAAAUCUACUUCAAAUGCUCUAUGAUAAACCAUCAAGAUGGGCUUAUACAUUUCAGACUUAUGCUUGCUUGAGCAGAGUGAGAGCUCAGUUAAAACCUGUCUCAGCCAAGCUACGGGAAGCAGAACAUCCAGUGCAAUUUUUUGAGAGAUCUGUGUACAGUGACAGAUAUGUAUUUGCUUCUAACCUGUUUGAGUCUGGAAACAUUAAUGAAACAGAGUGGGCUAUUUAUCAGGACUGGCACACGUGGCUUUUGAAUCAGUUUGAAUCGGAUAUAGAACUGGAUGGCAUGAUCUACCUAAGAACCACACCUCAGAAAUGCAUGGAAAGGCUACAGAUGAGAGGAAGAGAAGAAGAACAAGGGAUUGAGCUUGAGUAUUUGGAAAACCUCCACUAUAAACAUGAAACCUGGCUUCAUGAAAGGACUAUGAGAGUUGAUUUUGAGAACCUUACAGAGAUCCCCAUUCUAGUUUUGGAUGUUAAUGAAGAUUUUAAGAAUGAUAAGAUUAAACAGGAGUACCUGAUUGAUAAGGUCAAGUCUUUCCUGACUUCCUAA